AUGUCAACAAAAGCAGAAGCACCUGCCGUUUGCAACAGCUGCAACGCAGUGAUUCAAGGAAAGAUAAUAACAGCUCUGAACAAGAAGUGGCACCCUGAACACUUCGUAUGCAAUACAUGCCGCAAGCCGAUAGACAGCGCCAAGUUCCACCAGCACGACGGUGGCGUCCACUGCGUACCGUGCUUCACCCAGCACCACAGCCCCAGGUGCCAUGGAUGCGGGGAGCCCAUCACUGACCGUGUGAUUCAAGCUCUGGGCGAGUCAUGGCACGCUCACCACUUCGUCUGCGGUGGCUGCAGGAAAGAACUUGGAGGUGGUGGCUUCAUGGAACAGGCCGGCCGCCCCUACUGCUCACCCUGCUACGCUGACAAGUUCGCUGCGCGCUGCAAGGGUUGCGCUAACCCUAUUGUUGACAAGGCCAUCAUCGCGCUCGACGCCAAGUGGCAUCGCGAAUGUUUCACUUGCCUGAAAUGCAGGAAUCCAGUGACAGAUGCUACUUUCUCCGUAAUGGACAACAAACCUGUUUGCGGCAAAUGUGCCUAA